AUAGCGGAUGUGGCGUUCUCAACAUGGAGACUUGACACAGGUGCGUUCAACAGCUGGAUGAUGAUGAUAAGCAAAAACAGUCGAAGAAACUAGCAGAAAGCGAGCAAAAGGGCAACAUGAGAGCCGUUGUGAGCACGGAGGGCCAGGAGGGGGCGAAGGACGAGCAAGGGGAGAGCGACACCAUCCAAAGGCGACCCAGUAUUGUGGUGCUGCAAAACAUGCUCAAGAAAAUCCCUCAAAGCCCGUUCGUCAAUACGCAGCAGAGCGUCAUUCCGUCGCCCUCCAGCGGGUCGCCUGCGAGCGCUUCGAGAAGCAACCGAGACGUCUUUCUGAAUGUGACCACUGACAGUCAGCUGUCACAGGAUGCAGCACAGCGGCCGAACCCUCAGCCUGUGGCAAGCACGAACCCAUUUUAUUCCUAUCAAUUGGAGUCCAGGCACAAGUACGACACCAGCGAGGAUGUCGGACGAAAACCGUGGCAGGAAGCGCGGGCGGCGAGCGACUUCGUUCCUCUGCCUGAAUUCCAUCGUUCUCCGUUGGAUUGGCAGGAAAAUGGAGCCUCGGGGUCUGAAGGCCACAAGGACUCGGGCCACAGCUUGAGCUCAAACCACCUGCCGGAUGACAUUUUCACAUCCCAAAUCGGGCAGUAUCAGAACACGAGUCGGAGCUCGGCAGAAAGCCAUCCCGAGAACUUGUUCAAGAACCUGCUGUCAAAGAGCUCCAGCCAGCGGGACCUUUUACAAGAUUCACCCGAGGAUUUUAGCCUCAAGGCGCCUUCAGGGAAAGUCUCGGAGAAGUCUGACGGCCUUUUUGCGGAUCCGUUUCGGCCUUCUUCCAACACGGCGGAGGAUCUGUUCGGCUCGCCGGGGGAUCCAGCGGGGAAUCCGUUUUACUCUUCCUCAAGCACUGCGUCGCAUUCGUUUCAGGCGAACGGAGGAAAAUUCUCGCACGAUGACAAACUCGCUUAUUCAGGAUUAUCCGGAUCUGAUUUGGAUGUAUUCUCCCCUUCUUCGAAUUUCUCGAGCUCCAUCGUAAAGGAACUCUUCGGAGACGGCGGCAGCGCAAGCGAUCUGUUUAAUCCGGAGGCGCCCAACAGCGGGGACGUUUUCGGAAGCCUUCCCAGGAGCGGGUUCACCAAAUCGACGUCGGACCUCUCGGAACAGACCGUCCGAUCGACGUAUUCCGACGCCCCACGCGACGUCGUGCUCACCACUCCGCAAGGAAGCAAACACGGCAUCCUCCAGCCAACGCCCUUCAGUCAGGCCCAGAAACUGAGCGCGUCGUCAGACUCUUCCCCCACCGAGUCGAAUCAUGUGACGCUCACCAGGCGCCCGCCGAAGCCGCUUCCUCGUUCCAGACCUCCCAGGUUGGAGAAGCCCCCCGUGCCGGAUAAGUCCCGCAAGCCAGCCUAUAUCGUCGAGCCGGAGACAAGCGGGCCGCCGAAACCUCCUCCAAAACCCGUCAAAACGCGCCCCGUUUCAUUCGCCGGCGCCGCCGCCAAGCCGCAGGACGGGAAAGCGCUCGAUAAGGAGCAUUGCGACAUCUUUGAGGACAUCCUGCUGAUUGGACAGGAAAAGUGUGUGGAAGACUGGCCGGAAGACAGUCCUCAGUUCCACCCCGACUUCAAACCAUCUGGAAAAUUUCGACUGCGCCGCGAAUCCCUGACGGUCACGCAGAUCUCUGAGGAAGGAGCGACAGGAGAGAAUCGGGAUGAUUUCGGAGUACACGCCAAGAAGAAGGACCGGAAGUUUUUGUUGUUGUCCCGAGGAGCCUCAAAGGACAAACUGUCUGAUGACAUGAAAGAUGGCCGCAGCUGGACUUUACCUUCUCAAGGGAAAUCCUCAAAGGAAAAUUUCUACGACAUGAACUACCCGACAGGGAAGAGGGAAGACGGAGAGCAAAGUUGGUCUGACGGCAAAAAAAAGCCCCUGAAGAACAAAGUCAACCAGCUGCUGAGGCGCGCAUCCACCAGCCUCGUCCAGCGACAACCGGCUCCGGCGAGCAAGGACGACGACUUCCUUCAGAAACGGAUGAACAUGAAGGAAUCUGCUCUCAGAUGGCACUCCCAGGAGGCCAUGUUUGAUUCCAGCAAAGGCGAGGAAGAAGAGGCGGCGCGAGCGCAGCUGGACGAGGCCGACGCCUUCGCCGGCAAAGGCAAAAAGAAAAUGAAAAAGAAGUUUGCGCAUCUCAAAGGAUUGACAAAUUCUCAGGAAGAGCAGCCGCAGGGGGCGCAUGGAUACACACCUCGCAAGGACUCAAAGGACAGAGAAGAGCAGUUUUUCGCUGGUGCCGACAUGUGGCAGGAGCACGGCCUGGAGAAUGUGGAUGAGCUCAAGGGGCUUCACUCCAGCAGCCAGGAGGACGUGCCUUUCUUUCAUCCCCAACAAAACAGCUUCCCGGCAGAGCAGCUCGAUUAUGAAGCGCCCAAUGCAGCAGAUGCCUACGCAGCGAAAAAGAACAAGUUCAAGGCCCCGGUGCCUUUGCCCCGCAAACCAAAGCCAAGCCUCGGUUCACCUGCACCGGUGGAGGCGCUGAUAUUUGGCGACGCUACUUUUGCACCCACGUCCGGUCAGGCGGACAACUGGUCAGAUGAGGACGACGAUGCUUUGAGCGAAAGACAACAUGGAGAUCCCGUAGUGGACUACUACUACAAACAGGACGAGCUGGUCCUUCAGAAACCGAAAAAGUUGAAGCGCAAGCCGUUCCGAAAGCACAAAUCAAAGAACAAAGUGUGGGAAGGCGCCGUGGAGGAAGUGCCAAUCAACCACCUGUCAGAGGCGGCGCAGGCCGAGUGGCUAGCGGCACAGAGGGACGAGCGCGUGGUGGCGGGUCUGGAAUACGGCGAGGGAGACGGUGACGGGGACACGGACAGCUUGAUGGAGUGGUGGUACACAGUCGAAAAGUGGGACGAGGUGCCAUCGGACGAAGAGACCAAACAGCGCGACGAUUCCGAGUCCUUCACCGUUUUGGCCGACAAGGUGAACCGAGGCCUGCAGGUGUUCAACAAAGUUUUCAUGGAGCGCGCCGAGGUCUUCUGGCAGCACGUGGUGAAGCUCCACGCCCUGGCGGACCACCUCAGCACCUUCCACCAGAAAGCCAAAGCGGCCGGCAUCACGGGCAGCACCACGGCGGCCGUCGGCGGCGUCACGGCCAUCGCCGGCUUGGCCUUGGCGCCGUUCACCUUUGGCGCCUCGCUCAUCGUCACGGCGGUCGGGGUGGGCGUGGCCACCGCCGGAGGGAUCACUUCGGCCUCCGCCAGCAUCUCGGAUAACGUCAACAUCAUGCAGGAGCGCAAGAAGGUGGAGGCGGUGCUGCAAGAGUACGAGUUUGACUUUCGGGGCUUGGCCGAGAUCCUUCACUUCGUCAAUCACGGCCUGUACAAACUGCGCGGGCAUCCUUUCCUCCGGUCGGGCACGCAGCACUAUUCUGAGGACUGGGAGGUGCGCAAGGCGGUGCAGAUGAUCAGCCUGGUGGACUCGCCCGUCAUGCGAGCCAUGGAGGUGACGGACGCCAUCUUGCAGCUGGUCCAAGGACUUAACGGCGGCAUGGAAAAGUACUUCAAGGACUCCCGGAACCUGAAGAGAGCCUUCAAGAAGCAAGUGGUGGCUCGGAUCAAAGAGGCGGCCAAUGUGCUCAAUGACGGAGUGGUGGAGCUGAACAGCAUCAGGGAGGAGCUCCAGAAGGCCAUUGGCAACUUUUAAACGGGUUUGUCAAGGAUGAAUGUGGAACGGUUUGAAGAACGGGAGCAAAGACUGCAACGUCAGCUACUUUUUAAGAAGUGGAAGUCAUCCUUUUUAUCGAUUGAGCUCAUUUGCAUUUGAUUGUCAGGCAUUUUCUGUGCUAACCAAUCAAAGAUGACAUUUAGGCAGCGCUAGGCGACCGUAAGCAUCUCAGUUUAUGUACACGCGUAUGCUAGUUUAUGUAUAGAUGACAACAUUUUGUAUGUUCAUGAGAAAUGUUGACUAUUGUACAAUUGUAGAAGCAAAUAAAGACGGUUUGUAAUGUUC